UUCCGACCGGAGCAUAAUAUUGCGGACACAAAAUGGCGGCAUCCUUGCUGCGAUUCGGGCGACUGGGUUCUCUCAAGUGUCUCCAGCUGGAGAGCUCCGGUGUCCUGAGGAGAUGCUCAGCUGCUUCGCUCUGCACUCAGGCUGGAGAGCCCACAAAGCCAGCGCAGAAGAAAAAGGCUGCAAGCAAGACAGAGGCUCCAGAUGAGAGAGCAACCCUGCUAGCCUACAAGACUGCUGUUGCCUUCCCAGUUAGAUUUUCACAGCCUGGGGUUUACCCAGCUCAGUCUCUAGGUGUAGCUGAACCAGUGGCCAGCUCCACUGCUGCUGCAGAAACAGUUGUAGCUGCAGCAGCGACAGCGCCUGUCACUGUUGCCAGGGAACCAGCUGUAGAUGUGCCACAGGCAGCAGAGACUCUAGCUGCCUCCUCACGUCCAGAUCCCAACCCAGAUGUUGCUCAGGUUAUUGCUGACACACCUCCAGUUGUAGCUGACACAACAUCUGCUGAGUCCCUGGUUGAUGCAACCAGUAAAACAGCUCCAGGUGACACUCCAGUUGCAGCCUCCACCUCAGAUGAUGCAGUCCCACCCGCCGCAGGCUCCUCUGGGUCUGAUGAUCCAGCAGCUGAUGGAUCGACCUCCUCCAGCGACUCGGAUUCUGACUCUGAUUCUGAUUCUGACUCUGAUGACGAGAAGUCAGAAGUGAAGAUCGACAACAAGACCUUACCACAAGAGGUGGCAGAAUCCACUGUGAAAGACGAAGCAGAAGUCCAUGAGGUCACAUCAAAGAUAAAGGAAGACACUAAUAAAGAGAGGAAGGAAGUUCCACUAGAACCCGAAGAUACUCCUGCAUCUGCUGCUGAGGCUGUACAGGAGACUGCUCCAGCAGCAGUAGCAGGAACUACACAGGCAGCACAAGCUCCUGUGGAGACACCCAGCACCACCUCUGAGGAGUUAGUGGAUUCUGCCCCUGAGAUCUGCACUGCCACAGAAGACACUCCAGAGGCCACUGUCACGGGCAUCAAAGCUUCUGCUAAAGCUGCAGUGAAACCUGCCCCAGAGGUGAUAGAAGACAUUGCAUCUCCCACUGUCUGUGACAUAGAAACUCCAGGUGAAGUUGUGACCGAGGGUGCAACUUCAGAAAAAGGGCCUUCUGACGCUCCUCUUGAAACUACAGGGCCUACCUCUGCCGAAGCCCCCUCAGAAGCUGCUGAAGCUGCCCCUGCAGAACCUGUUACAGAGCCUUUAGGAGCUGACCCUGCCCCUGUUGAAAUCGCUGCAGAGACUGCAGCUGAAGUUUCCGCCCCUGCGGAGAGCGCUGAGGAGCUGGUGGACCCUGCUCCAGUGGUAGCUGUAGCAGCAGGAGAGGAGCUGCAGGCGGAGGCCCCAGUUGAACCAUCUGAGGAGGCUGCAGCAGCGCCACCUCCAGAGCCCGAGGAACCGUUUGACAACAGCACCUAUAAAAACUACGAGCACCACAGCUACACCCCCUACACAUUCGCUGACCUGGAUUUAGAGAUGGCCAAGUAUCGUCUCCCCCAGCCCUCUUCCGGCAGACCCUCACCCAGACACUAGAGGAGCUGGCCUGGCUGAAAACCUUAGGAAUGCUUAGACAUGAUGGUGUUAUCCCUCUUGACAUAUGAUCAUCCUCCACCUGUCACAGCAUGAAAUUCAGCUGUUAUAAUGUUAUAUUAUUAAAGUGAUUAGUAAAGUGAGUGAAACGAA